AACAAAAAAGAUGUACAAGAAUCAGCUGCAGGAGCUCGCCCAGCGGAGCUGCUUCAAUCUACCGGCCUACGCGUGCAUCCGGGAAGGUCCCGACCACGCGCCCCGCUUCAAGGCUUCCGUCAAUUUCAACGGCGAGAUCUUCGAGAGCCCGUCUUAUUCCACCACCCUCCGGCAGGCGGAGCACGCGGCGGCGGAGGUCGCCCUCAACUCCCUCUCCGCCCGUGGCCCCUCCAAGUCCUUAACCGCUAGAGUCCUUGAUGAGACCGGAGUGUACAAGAAUCUGCUCCAGGAGACGGCUCACAGGGCCGGCUUAAAACUUCCGUUGUACACCACGACCAGAUCCGGUCCGGGUCACGUCCCUGUUUUCACCAGCACCGUCGAGCUGGCCGGCCUGAGAUUCACCGGUGAACCGGCGAAGACUAAAAAGCAGGCUGAGAAAAACGCUGCAAUUGCUGCCUGGGCUUCACUGAAAAAGAUGCCAGAUUUCGGUCCUGUGUUUCAUUCAAGUAAAGAAAACGAGCAACGUGAAAACCAGUGCAGAGUAAUAAGAAGAAGGGAUUACAGAGGAAAAAUGCAGAGGACGGAGAACAACCUUAAUAACCUGACCCGGAUCAAACCAUGGAAAAUUCCGGAUCCGGGUCCUGAAAGCUCCAGGCCAAAGCCAAACAGCAUUUUCUCUGUGCUUCCUCCGCCACCACCAAGAACCAUGUCCAAAAUCCUGCCUCCAGAUUUAUCAGAAUCAAAAGAAUUUCCUCUAAGGGAUGAUGAUCUUGAGUGGAUAAAGAAUUUAUCAGAUGCGAUCAUCAAGAAAAAAUCGGUUGCAAGAUGCAGUUUUUACGGCGGGAAAUCAGCAUUUUUGGCUGAGGAUGCGAAAGCCCAGAAAAUAUCCGGUGUUGUUGACCCGACCCAUAUUGCAAUGAAGGGCCAGGGCUCAUCUACGUGGGGCCCGGUCGGACGGCCCGCACUUCCUGGAGUCUGCCAUCAGUUUUCACAGAGGGUCGCCCCUGCAGUUCAGAUUAGGUCGGUGGUUCCGGUGUGUGCAGCUCCACCGCCACCACAACAGACAAAUCAAGUGCAUGAAGUGGGUUCAUCGUCCCCGGCUGAGCUGGCGUCUGCUUUGAGCAAGCUCAAGUUAUGAAAGGAAACAGAGUAAAAUUGGGAGUUACUUAGUUAAAGCCCCCAGAAUGUAUUGUUCUCCGAUUGAACCCUCCUUCUCUCUCCCAUUAUAUGCUUAUUCUUCUUCUUCCACUUUGGAGUGGACUGUACGUUUCCGUUGGAGUGGACAGUUUGCUCCUUCACAACUCACAAGUCAGCUUAAACAUAACCGUUGGCAGAGAACACGGAAGGGUACGAUAGCUACAUUCAUACUUAGAUGUAUGAUGAUGAUGAGAGAAUCCAGUUUUCAACGUCUGCAAAGCCGCACAGUCAGCGGGGGCUCUUAAUAGUAAGAGGUCAAACAGGGUAAAAAAAGGCACUUGGAUAUGCGUGACUUUCAUCAUUUUGCGCACACUUUACAUGAAUAGUUUUUAAAUAAAUUAUUAUCCAACAAAGCUAAUGUUUUUAUAUAGAUUAUUAUCAUUCGGUAAGUUAAUAUAUUUACGUGGCCAC